GUAAUUUCGUAUUAAUAAAAUCGAAAGGGAAAGAAAAUGUUAUCAUAAAUUCAGAAUAUACAUGGAAUAUUUAUUUCUAUCGGUUUUUACAAGUAAGGAUAAUUUCAUUCAGCUCUACAAAUAGAUAAUCUAUAAAUAAAAUGGCAAACCUAAUAUAUUCAACUUUCAUUGCGACAUUUCUACUUAGCACCGCUUUGUGUGCUAACAAUCCUGUUGAGGAAGAGCUUGGUAAUGGCAGAUAUGCGAUUGAAGGUAGAGUAUAUCCUGCUGAAGACCAAGAAUCACAAAACUGGCAAGUAGAUACACGCAUACACGUUAAUGGAGGAGAGUACAUAGGCUUUGUUCGUGACGAUGGUACAUUCGUAAUACACAAUGUGCCUUCAGGCUCUUACAUCGUAGAAGUUAUACACCCAGACUAUAUGUAUGAGCCUAUACGAGUCGAGAUCAAUUCUAAAGGAAAGUUUAGAGCUAGAAAAGUGAAUUUUGUUCAGACAUCACAAGUCAUACAAGUGCCAUAUCCUCUCAGAAUGAAGGUGUCAUCGAAGUUGAGAUAUUUCCAAGCUCGCGAACAGUGGCGUGUGACAGACUUCCUGUUCAACCCCAUGGUCAUAAUGAUGGUGCUGCCGCUGCUGCUCAUCAUGAUCUUGCCGAAGAUGAUGAAUGACCCGGAGACUAAAGAAGACUUGAAGCAAAUCAGCAACCUGACCAAGAUGUCGGAAAUGCCCGAGAUGUCAGAGAUGUUCACCAAUCUGUUCAGUGGUGGUGCAUCAAAAGCAUCCACUUCCAAAGCAAAACAAGUUAAGAAAAGACAGUAAUAGGCAUCAUAUUGUAAAUACCUACAUAUUUAUGUUAAAAUAUUGUAAGAGUAGAUGUUUUGUUAAUAAAAAAUAUAUAUAAAUA